AUGGAGGUCGCCAUUUCUGCCGUUACAAGUGAACUUGUGAGCCGGUUCAUCUCCUUCCUGAUGAACAAGUAUCAGUCCCAUAGCCAUACACAACUAGAGGAGGAGAAGUUGGCGGAGAAGCUUCAGCAUCUCCUGAUUAGAGUUGGCACCGUCGUCGAGGAAGCGGAUCGGCGAUGCAUCGCCAACUCCGGGAUGCUGAUGCAGCUCAAGAUGCUCUCGGAGGCCAUGUACCGAGGCCAUCAUGUACUGGACGCCUUCAAUGUCCAACAACUACUUGAGAGUAGUAUCAUCGACGAGGUUAGCGACUCAUCCAGCGUCUCAUAUUUAUCCUUCCCUUUCAAGCGUCCUCGAAGAACUGCGUCUAAAGAAAAGGACAGAUCCAUUCACCCGGACUUACAUGGUGCCUUGAAAAGCUUGGAGAUUGUUGUCGCAAACAUGGCAGAAUUUGUUGUGUUUCUGGGUGGAUGUGAGCGGAUGUCUGGCAGGCCUUAUGAUGCCUACCUUUAUACGGACCACUUCAUGUUUGGCCGGCACGUAGAGAAGCAGCAACUCUUGAGCUUCUUGCUGCAACAUGACCCUCCCGGUGAUUUUCCAGCCGUGCUCCCGAUCAUUGGUGGCGUCGCGGUCGGAAAGAAAACGUUGGUUGCUCAUGUCUGCGACAACGAGAGGGUCCGCUCACAUUUCGCUUCUAUUUUGCAUUUAAACGGAGAUAGUCUCUUGAGAAUAAUCGAGCAUGGAAGGAGGACCAUAUCAGGGACCACUUUGGUGGUUGUUGAUUUUGUUUCAGAUGUAGUUGAGGAGGAUUGGGCGAAGUUUUACUCCUUUCUUAGAAGAAUGAGCAAAGGAAGCAAGGUGAUCAUCAUAAGCAAGCUUCAAAGGAUAGCAAGAUUUGGGACAGUGAAGCCAAUUUGUCUCAGUCACCUCUCCUAUGAGGAGUUUUGGUACCUCUUCAAGACACUCACGUUUGGCAGUGCAGACCCAUCAGAGCACCCACAGCUAGUGCGGAUCGCGGAAGAAUUUGCAAAGAUAUUUCAGGCAGGAGGAUCAUUCGUCACGACGAAUGCAUUCGCGGAUGUGUUCAGAAGGAAUCUGGAUGUUCAAUUCUGGCUUUGCGUACUGGGCAAAACCAAACGAGUGAUUCAGAAGAACCUAUCCGAGCACGGUGUAUAUCCAUAUCUGCUCUUUGAACAAGGUCAUCCGGUGGACAUAACUGACUUCGCUUUGCAUCCGUCGUCUGCAGUUCGCAUCACCAACUGUACUAAUAGCAGCAACAGACUGACUAAUAAUGAUCUGUUGAAAAAGGAAACGGUGACACUUGGAGAACUGCUGGUAAACCCGAAUAACAGACCAAAAGGGGAGUUCAGUCUGUUGGCAUGGGAAUCAAGGAUACCCCCUUACACAAGGUUUGAACACUUCGUUGCAAGUUCUGUUCAAGAUCUACCUCAAAGUGUUAACUUGUCCGGGAGGAAGAAACGCCGAGUGCCUAUCUGA